AUGUACGCCAGCUUGAUAUUGGUGCUGCUAUCUAUUGCUGCUCCCAUUUUGGCUUUUCCGAAUGCGAGCUGUGAAUCGACUGAAAGAGUGACUGAUGUGGUGACGCGGCAGAUCCCGUCAUUGCAGAAACUUUCUCAUACAUGCGAAUUUGGUUUUGCUGCCUCGUAUCUUCUCGAAAAGUUGAAAAAAGCCGAAGUCAAAAAGCGCCUGCCACCCCUCAUAAGAGUACUGGACUGGAAAGGCAAAACUGUGCUUUUGACCACUUACAAGAAAUGCAAAAACGCGUGGUAUUGUGUGAAGACACUUCUUCGCAAAGGAAAGAAGGGUAAUAGGAUAAUCAAGUCGAUCAAACGGCAAUCAAAGGGAGCAAAUUCAAUCGGAUGCGAUCUGUGGAGAAGGAAACAAAGAACCGCUCUUUUCUGUGUCUUCUCACCCAAAAUACUUGAAUAUGAUGACCACUAUAUUGACUACAAUCAAGUUAACCCUUUUCCCGAUAGCUAUGAAGAUUACGCUGUCGAAGAUCCGAAUGCAACUUUCACUAACCUCAGCUAUUAA